AUGAGAAAAACCUUAGUAAUAUUGAUAAUUGCUUCUGCACUUUUAGUAUCUUUUGUAGAGUCUAAAAAGUAAAUUAGAAAAUAAAAAUACGAAGAAGUCAGAUAGAUGCCACUUUUAAAUCAAAGUUAAUUAGAAUCAUCUUCAAUUUCAGUUACCUUUUACAAUGCUUACAAUGAUGAUUGUUUUAGUGCUUGCGAAACUGUUCAUGGUAACAGUCUAUAUUACUACUAAUAUCAAUUAUAUAUGUGCUGUCAUAUAGGACUUACUAAUCCUUACUACGAUUGGUAUUAUAUGGAAUGCUAUCCUUAAGUCCUUAAAUGCAAAGGAGAUUAUUGA